AUGGUGCAGCAGUUCUAUGUUUCCUCGGUGCUUUGCUAUCCUCACCCUCUUAUUGUUUUUACCUUUUUGAAUACAUCUCCAUCAUGUCUCCAAAUUGCCUUUUCUUCAUCCUCAGGAACAGAUCUGGAGACGUCUUUACUGAGCUUCGAGAAACUGGACCGGGCAUCACCAGACUUGUGGCCAGAGCAACUUCCAGGAGUUGCAGAAUUUGCCGCCUCCUUUAAGAGUCCAAUUGCAAGCUCUCCGCCCAAGUGGAUGGCUGAAUUGGAAAAUGAUGACAUUGAAAUGCUAAGAGAAUUGGGUAGUCUAACCAUCACUAAUCUAAUGGAGAAGGUUCGUGGACUUCAGAAUUUGGCCUAUCAGUUGGGACUAGAAGAAUGUAAGUGCCUGUCAUAUCUUCAAGAGUGUUUCAGUAAAUGGGAAGAUGGCAGGCAGAGAUAG